GAUUCAUGGAAAGCUUCGUUUGCCUGAAUUUACAAAUUAUACAUUAGAAAUACGGUUUCAGAUUCUGUCAGUUAAGCCAAUUUCAAAUCUUCUUGAUGGAAACCUUACUGACAUUAUAUGCACUUAGCUCCAAUUAAGAUCAGAGUCAGACUGCUUGAUACAAAUAUUGUGGUUACGGUUUUAAAGUGUGACGUAACGAGCUCUAGGCGGUCACGUGGUUUUUUUUCGCGUAUUGUAUCGGGCCACCCAUCGCUGUUAGCGUAACCUAACCCGCAGCUGGAGCUAUUGCUGCUAGUUUCGAUUGGAUUGUCUGAACAGCGCACUAAACUACCAUGGACAACAGAGGCUACGGUUCCGGUUACUCAAGUUGGGGAGGUGGAGGAUCAGGCAGCAGAGGUUCUGGUGGCUUUGAUCUGUAUGGGGGAGGUUAUAAGGACUCGAUGUCUGGGCUCGGGGGCUAUGGAGGAGGAGGAGGCGGCCACAUGAAGAGAGGUCUCUCGGGAGCGUCCCUGCUCUCAUCUACAGGCACACACGCAGAUGCAGUCAUUGCCAAGAUUAACCAGCGCCUGGACAUGCUUACUCAGUUGGAGGGGGGGUUGAAAGGGUCUCGGGGUGACAGGUAUGACCAGUACGAGUCAUUCGACUCGCGCACCUCCUCUCUCACCUCCUCCCGAGAUCUCUACAGAUCUGGCGGCGGUAGCUAUGGUUAUGGCGAUGGCCGUGGGGACAACAUGCUGUUGGGUCAGCGAGGAGUCUCGGGCUUCGGAGGGGGAAUUGGGCUAGGGGGAGGAGGAGGCUUUGACAGCCCCUCCUCUUCCUAUGGAGUCGCAAAAAUGCGACAGAAUAUGCGGGAGUCCUUCAGCAGUGGCCAGGGAGGAGGUUCUGGAGGUGGAUGGGCUGGAGCAGGCCGACGUUCCCCCAGAAGGGGUGGAAGUGCCGGGGGUCGAGGAGCUGGAGGAGGGUUUGGAAGCCGCAGGUCUGACCCCACUCCAUUAGGCGGAGGUGGGCGGGGAAGUGGUAGUGGUGGCCAGUCCCACCGCGGCCACUCUCCAGGAGGUGGUAGAGGCAAGCUCCCAUCCCUCCUGUCCAACCGCAUGUACCCUGAGAGUGGGGGCUUCCAUCAGGGUUCCAUUCAAGGGCCUCACGACUUUCCUGGGAGGCAUUUUGGAGGGGGCCCACGGGCUGGCCGCCAGCGAGGCCGCAAGAGACCCCUCAACAAACAGGUGAAGCCACAGCGUGAUGUCCAGAAGAAGAGAAAGCAGACACUUACUGCAGCUGAUGAACCAGAGUCAAAGAUGAACAAGACAGAGAGUGCAGGGUCAGAAGCUACCCAAGAGCAAGCAGAGAAAAAUGGUGACGACAGUGAACCGAAGACUGCAGCUACAGAGACAAAACCUACUGCAGAUGGAGAUAAAGCUUCACCCAAACAGGAGGAGAAGAAAAGUCCACAGGGCAAACAGACCCCGGCUCAAGGUCAGGACAAACACCCUAAAAUGAGGAAGAGGAGGGGCUUCCUGGAAAGGGUGAUGUUUGCAUGCUCUGUGUGCAAGUUUCGUUCAUUCUACAAGGAGGAAAUGGAAACUCAUCUCGAGAGUCGCUUUCACAAGGACCAUUUUAAGUUCCUUUCCAGUCAACUGUCCAAACCCACUACAGACUUCCUACAGGAAUAUUUGCAGAACAAGUUUAAGAAGACAGACCAGAGGGUUGGCCAGUUGGAAAACCACAGUGCUGCCAUCUGCCAGGUGUACAAAGAGCAGGACCUCACCAGGGAUCUCGGUAUGGAGCACUUCAUGAGGAAGGUGGAAGCUGCCCACUGCGCAGCAUGCGAUCUUUUCAUUCCCAUGCAGCCCCACCUGAUACAGAAACACAUCAAGUCUCCUGACCAUAACUACAACCGGAAGGGUAUGAUGGAGCAGUCCAAGAGGGCCAGUCUGUCAGUUGCUCGUAGCAUCCUUAACCACAAACUCAUUGGCAAGAAGCUGGAAAGCUACCUCAAGGGUGAAAACCCAUUCACUGGUAACCAAGAUGACCAGGAUCCAGAGGACUCGAUGGUGAUGGACGUGUCUGAGUUGGAGUUAACCAGUGAGACAGCAGACAGCCAGGCAGAGGCGGCGGCAGUCAAGGAUGAGCCGCCGGCUGAGGGAGAGACGGGUCAAGAGGCGGUCGAGGGUGAAGUAGUACCGGCGGCGGCGGCAGCAGAGGAGGAGGAGGAAAAAAUGGAGGAGGAGCUAGGAGUGGAGGGAGAGGAAGAGCAGGGGAACCAGGAAGAGGAGGAAGGAUUUGAAGUUGGGGAGGAAGAGGAUGAGGAGGGAUAUGUGGUGCACGAUGAGAUUGGCGAAGAGGGAUUACAGGAUGAGCUGGAAGAGGAGGAAGGAGUAGACGCAGCAGAGGUCGAAGAGGAAGACAAAAACGAUGAAUGACUUUUGCAACCCUGUGUGCGACUUCUCGACCAUGACAUCUCUCCGGACCAGUAAAUGACUCAUACAGUCCCAUUCAACCCAGUUUCAUUGCCAGGCAUAUUACCAAGAAAUAUACAUACCUGCUUCCACCAUUUUUCAUUGUGUACUGACUCUGAGCUUAUAUAAUUUAGAUUUUUGUUACAGGAAUUGUUCCACAUUUUGGCAAAUACUCUUAUUCACUUUUUUGCUGAGAAUUAAAAAUAAAUAAAUAAAUAGUUACUCUAUGUAACUGUUUUAUGUAUUCCUACCAACUGUCUUCUGGCGUGUUGGUAGACUUAUUUUUGGACUGUGGAGAGAGCCAGGCUUGUUGUGUGUUUUUAUUUAAUUUUUUUCUUUCUAGUCUUAAUGUUAAAUUAAUCCCCCCCUGCUCAAGGUCCAUACUUAACGCAGACAAAAAAGUGUAUUUCCCAAAAUGUCAAACGAUUUCUCUUAAUACUUGUGCCUUUGUUGUUGUUUUUGUUUUUAAUUUAGAUUUAUUUGUUGAAAUCUUGAGUAUUGUAAAGUUGAAAGUUAUUGUGUACUUUUUUUGUUUAUCAGAGUUUGCAUAGCAUUCUGUCCAUUGCCAGCACUGAGGAUGGUGAACUUCUUAGUAAAACCUUAUAUUCUACAGCUGGGGUGACUGUCUGUAGAAUAAGAUGGAAUAUUCAGAAUGGAUAUCAGUCAUGUAACCUGUUUCACUCUAAGAAAUAAACCUGUUGAAUAAA